CAAACAUACCCAUAUUGUCAUUCAGCUGCACUCCCGAAGCUUUUCCCAGUAUAUAGCGUUGCCCAGAAAAGCUCAUCAAACUGGUCCAUUUCUGAUAGAGAUGAAGAAAAUCAACCUGUUUGUUUCAAUCCUUUUCUUGUUAUACCUUCAACAAACACUCCAAGUCUCCUCCCUUACGCAGGCAAACCAGGAUUUUGAAAAAUCUGAAUCUUUAAGAACUCUUGAACAAGAGCAUGCUCAUGAAGUGCAUUGUUCCAGAGAAAGAAGUAGGGCAGCAUGGCAAAUUAUCGAGAAGUAUUUGAUGCCAUUUGUGAAACAAGAACACUAUGAGAUUCCAAGUAACUGUCGACUUCAUCCCGACAAUGAUCUAUUUAGAGAUCAGGAAGAGCACAAGGUUCAGUUGGAUAUAAACGAAUGGCAGUGCGGAUACUGUAAGAACAGCUUCCGUGCUGAAAUGUUUCUUGAUCAACAUUUUGACAAUAGACACUACAAUCUUCUGAAUAUAAGUGGAAGCAAGUGCUUAGCUGAUUUAUGUGGAGCUUUGCAUUGUGAUGCUGUUUUGAAUACCAAGUCAAGCAAAACCAAAUGCAAUCCUGCUGCUGUUGCAAGGAAUCACCACCUAUGUGAGGGUCUUGCCAAUAGCUGUUUUCCAAUCAACCAAAGUCCUUCAGCACGCCGUCUUAAUGAGUUUUUCUUGCACCAAUUUUGUCAUGCUCAUACUUGCUUGGGGAAACGGAAACUUUUUCCUAGAGGAGGAAAGAAGCAUUCAAGUGUAUUCUACAUGGCUAUCUCCAUACUGACUUUGAUGCUUCUCCCUAUUUUCUAUCUGAUAGUUUAUUUGCACCAAAGUGAGAUGAGGAAAGGAACCCAAGAGCUUAGGCGCAUCUCGAGAGUUGGGCAGAAAACAAAACCCUCGUAGUAGCUGGUAUUCUAUAUGCAAGUUCAUUUAUAAACGGUUUGUACUACUAUGAAAAAUGUGCAAGGAAAUCACAAAAUGCGACUCCAAUUUCUACCUUUAUAUGUUUCAUAUAUUUAAAUUCAGGCACUUGAAGCUGUUGCAAUGAACAGAUCAAGGAUUUCAGGCGCAAACGUGCGAUUCAACAUAUUUGCUUAUAGAUCUGCAUGCUAUACGUCACACAGAGGAGUAAGUUGCACACGAAUGGUGCAAGAACGCCAAAUUCUAGACCAUCAUCUUAGAACUUACUCCAGACGUGACAUUUCAUUCCGUUAAUCAAAGGCUCUGGUGGAUGAUGGAAGCAGAAUCAGGUGCAAACAAUGUAUUUCUUUGAUAAACCUGUGUUAUUUAUCGUCAAAAGUUUGUUUUAAUUCAUCGUCAAACUUGUCAUUCGGCCUCUGUGUAGGAAGGUCCGUGUAACAUUGAUUUUCUAACAAACAAAGAUUUUCUUAAUUUAUAAGAGAACAAGUACUUCGCUUCU